CCGGAACUUCAUGUAGUUCAUUUCCGCUAUCUGGUCCGUCCAGCAAAACUUUCCUCAAGACAGAUUAACAAUGGCUGAACGAGGAUAUAGUUUCUCCCUCACUACCUUCAGCCCCUCUGGGAAGCUGGUCCAAAUUGAAUAUGCCCUGGCAGCAGUGGCCGCAGGUGCACCCGCUGUAGGAAUCAAAGCCUCAAAUGGAGUUGUCUUGGCAACAGAGAAGAAACAGAAGUCUAUCCUUUACGACGAGACCAGUGUUCACAAAGUUGAGCCUAUAACCAAACACAUUGGUAUGGUGUACAGUGGCAUGGGACCUGACUACAGGGUGCUGCUCCGGAGAGCCAGGAAGUUGGCCCAGCAGUACUUCCUGGUGUACCAGGAGCCCAUCCCCACAGCUCAGCUCGUUCAGAGGGUGGCCUCCGUCAUGCAGGAGUACACACAAUCAGGGGGUGUCCGUCCUUUUGGAGUGUCCUUGCUGAUCGCAGGUUGGGAUGAGGACCGACCAUACCUUUUCCAGUCUGAUCCGUCUGGAGCAUAUUUUGCCUGGAAAGCAACUGCUAUGGGGAAGAACUACGUCAAUGGGAAAACAUUCCUUGAGAAAAGAUACAACGAGGACCUGGAACUGGAAGACGCCAUCCACACAGCUAUCUUGACAUUGAAGGAAAGCUUCGAGGGUCAGAUGACCGAAGACAAUAUUGAAGUGGGGAUCUGCAAUGAAGCAGGCUUCAGGCGACUCUCACCCGCAGAAGUGAAAGACUACUUGGCGGCCAUUGCUUAAAAGUGACUCUCGUUGGUGUGAUUGUUCGUAUUUGGUUAUUACUGAAAUAAUUUAGACUACUGUAUUUUCAACAUAACAGCAUUUAUUUUCUUUGUAUUCCAGUUCCUCCUUCCCCUCUGACAAGUUCAGUAACUAUCAAUAAAUGCCAGAAACUAAAGCUCCCAUGUUUUUAUUUACAUCUUGUAACUUGUGCUUAUCUCACAAAAUAAAACAUUUCCACAAAGACAAAUGCA